GAACGAUCCGUGGAGAAGAAAGCGCCACAACUCAUUUGGGGGACUGCAGUAGCAUCCAUCCUCUGCCUCUCAUAUAAAAGGGGUUACGCGAGAGGACACUCUUAGUUUUUAGUUAGUUUAUGAUCUUUUCAAUGAGACCAUUCCCAUUGGUGUUUUUGUUUCUUUGAUUUUUUUGUGAAGUGAGGUUCCUGAGUUUUUUUUUGUGGAAAGUGAGUACAGUUAAGUGGCUACCACGAAGGAUUUCCGUGGGAUAUACUGGAUUUGUAUACAGGGUGGUGGGAUACGCUGUACCAAAAUGAAAAUUCCUCACACUUUCGUCACACUCCUGGCGACAUGCCUGCUAGCAGGAGACAUAUUAGGAGAACAAAAAGUUUCAAUAAAACGAGAACAAAAAAGAAAUACCCGGAUCACCAGGCAACUGAGCAGGGAAGAGAUGCUCCAGAACAUAAUCAAAUGGCUGCAAGACGUCUACAACGAUCAGCAGAAGAGCAGGAGAAGUAGGUCGUUUUCGGAGGAAUUUGAGACGCCGUUCACGCCUUACAGCUUAUUCGCUUCAAACAGAAAAGAUGAUGCAUCUCGCCAAAACAACCUCAGGGAAUACCUUCCACCCUCCUACACCCAAAAACCACGCCCAUUCGAGCCCAGGCCUUCGGGAGGCGGGACAGACGAAGAAGGUAACUUCGUCGAUGGUGGAUACCCUCCCGCCGGUAUCACUCCCCAACCACCAUUCCCCAUCUACACGAACCCCAUCACAGGGGGAAUCACAGGGGAGGGUUACCCGUCGCCCACUGGGCCGGCCGAAGGGCCUAGUAGCCCCGCCCCUGAGGCCUAUCCCACUUCUGGACCCGUUGUAUCCAGCACUACUUCCUAUCCUACUCAACCUCCGUCUGCCACCGGGUACCCAUCUUCUUUCCCAACUCAACCCUCCUCGGGAUAUCCAACCGAUAGACCUGUUUACCCUCCAUUUCCACCUGUCUCCACCGAACGUCAAGAAUUCACAGGCUAUCCAACUCAGCCCCCUGUUGAAACAGAAAGGCCUCUGGGACCCACCGAGGGACCUUACUUGCCCCCACAAGUCACAACGGGCUAUCCUACAGGAAGGCCAGAAGGCCCACCGGUAACGUCGGAGCAGCCUGGAUUCCCUACACAACCUCCACCAGGUGUAACCCCUGAGCAGCCUGGCUACCCCACGCCAAGUCCUGAGUACCCAGGAUUCCCUACUGCUCCGCCGCCAAGUUACACCCCUGGCUAUUCUACUGCCACGCCCCCAGAAGUCACGCCUGGCUACCCAACAGCGCCGCCUUCAGGUGUCACGCCUGGUUUUUCUACGGCUCCGCCUCCUGGUUUAUCGACCGGCUACCCGACUGCCCCGCCUCCUGGUUUAUCGACCGGCUACCCGACUGCCCCACCCCAAACGGUCACGCCUGGAUUCCCUACGAGACCGCCCACUGGGUACCCCGGUUCAUCGGGAGAGUUGUCGACGAGUGGGCCUGGUAUUAGUACUCAACAACCAGAGGUAGGGACGAGUGGGAAGCCUGAGGAGCCUACCGAGCGUCCCAGCGAAGGUGGAUCUGAAGGUGUGCCAACGGAUGAAGACUUGAAACAUCCGCCGCACAUUCACGCCAUAGAUGUCGCUUGUGCCAAGGACAUGAUGACCAUCAACAUCGAAUUCAACAGGGUGUUCAAUGGAUUGAUCUACUCCAAGGGAUACUACAGCAUGCCUGAGUGUCGAUACGUGAAAGAGAAUUCAGGGCAAACGAAAUACACGUUCACUGUGAAUCUCAACAUGUGUGGUACGGAAUUCAUCAAUGCUUUCGAUAGUCAAGGUAAAAGCUACUUAGAAAACGUUCUAGUCAUCCAAAAUGAGCUUGGUAUCCAAGAAAUUUGGGAUACUGUCCGUUCUGUCAGGUGUUUAUGGGAAGGUAACCUCAAGGACCACCUCAGCGUGGGCCUGAUGGUGGGCAUGCUGACGCAGGAGAUCGUCACCUUCAGCGGGGACACCGCCACGGCCAGACUGGACAUCCUGUUGGGCCGCGGGCCCCAAGGCCAGCCGGCCUCCGGAUUGGUCAAAAUCGGGGAGCCGAUGACGCUGGUGGUGUCCAUCAGCGGCGAUCCAGGCUUCGACAUCCAGGUGAAGGACUGUAAAGCGGUGGACUCAACGGGAGAAAACGUGGUGCCCCUCACCGACGACAAUGGAUGCGUGCUCAAGCCGAAGCUGUUCGGGGCAUUCCAGAAAACAAGGAAUACUGGAAAUUCGGGAGCCUCCAUAAUAGCCUACGCCUACUUCAACGCCUUCAAGUUCCCCGACGUGAUGGACAUCAUGAUGGAGUGCAACAUCGAGCUCUGCAAAACGGACUGCGAGAUGUGUCCCAGUCCCGACCAGCCACUCGAGCCGGGCAGGCGGCGCAAGAGAGACCUCCCGGCCAACGACACCCUGGGCGGCACUCUGGGCGACGGAGUGAUGAUGGGCAAGCAUCUGAGGGUGGUGCUGCCCGAGGACCUGCGCCUGGGCGGGCCCUCGGCGGCUGACGACGGCGUUUGCAUGUCCACGCAGAGCUUCGUGUUCUCUGCGUCGGUGUUGAUUUCGCUGCUCACUGCCAGCUCUCUGUUCAGUGCUUAUGUCUGGUUGAAGGGUCAGAGCAGAGGGCAGGUUUAUAAGAAGUGAAGACUAUUUUUUGAAAGCGAGUGAGGCCUUGAUAGUUUGUGAUUUGUGAUGCAUUUUGAAAUAUUUCCAAAAGUGGCCAACGUCCAAAUGACCACUACAUACAAAUAUUUUUCACCUUCAACAACAGAGUAAAAUAAAUAAACAAAUAGUUUAUUAUUGAACCCUAUUCUUCAGGCAUAGAUUGGAAGAACUCUUGUGAAUAUUCCCUAUUUUUUGCAUAUUGCCGCAAAUAUUACUUCUCAAGUCCAUUUUCUCAAAUUUAUUUAUUUGUUUCUGCAAGGAUCCCUUUGAGUUGCUGUUGUAUUUUUGAACUUUUUAUAUUACUUUAUUCAAUAUACAUAAAAAUUCGAAUUAAUAUUUUUAUUUUAUUGAAAUAAAUAAAGUAAAAAAUGUUUAUACGGAUGAGAACAAAAAAUUCAACACAACAAUUUUAAAAUUUGGUAAAAUUAUCAUAGAACUAAAAUUGGAUGUACCAGAUCAAUGAAGAUUCAAAAAUAUGUCAUGGAAGCCAUCCAUUCUCGAAGUGGUCUAGUAUUUUUCAAAAGAUGGAAGAGAAACAAACGCAAAGUCGGUCGACCACAAAAUAUAAUAUAAAACCUCGUAUAAAACACUCAUGUGUGUGACUAGUUUUUUCGGCACCAUGGUUAUCUUCAGACACAAUGGUAAAGAAGAAAUACCUGGAAAUCACAAAGACAUUGAAUCUAAGACAAUAUGUUAUAGCCGAGAAAGUACAUAGAUUUUUUUGAAGUGAUAACUAAAUAAUUUUUUUUAAACAUGUCGUAUAUAGAAGAAUCAGCCCGGUUUGAGACUGAAUGACUUUGAAACGACUGAAAAGCCAAAAGAACUUUACUAGGAGUAAGUUCAACAUCGGAGAGUGAAUUAAACGAGAAUUAAUAAAAACCUACUCAAGCAGUUUCAUCUCCAUCAAUGGCAAGCAAUCAAAAGGAAAGACAUAGAGAGGCAUAAUUAUAAAUGUUCAUUUGACUUUGACAUGAAAGUGUUGACAAUUUUGAAGUCAGAAUGAAAACCAAAUAUGAAAAACGAGUACUCCUUUCAAAGUCAAAUCCACAUUUAUAAUUAAGCCUCACUAUUAUGUAUUUUUUUUAUAGCUUGCCUGAAAUGGAGAUGGAGCUCUUUGAGUAAAUUUUUAUUAAUUCUCGUUCAAUUCACUUACCGAUGUUGAACUUACUCCUAGUUAAGAUCUUUUGGCUUUUCAAUUGUUUCAAAGUCAUUUAGUCUCAAACCGGACUGAUUAUUCUAUAUAUGACCUGUUUUAAAAAAGUUCCGGUUAUUUAGUUAUUACUUCAAAAAAAGAUGACCAUGGAGCCGAAACUAGUCACACACAUGAGUGUUUUAUAUUAAAUUUUUUUCAAAAAUAUGUUACUAAGUAUAUAAAAUGAAUGAUGCUGAUAUGUAUAGAUAAUUAUGAAAUAAUCUUGUUGAGCAUUAUAUUGUAAUACCCUUGAUUAUAUAUACUAGUGUGAAUACUCAAAGGUAAUACCAACCUUCUGUCACUCUUAGUGAGAAAAUAGUAGCAGGAACAGUGUUUCAUAUUUUUUUUUUUUGUAUAAAUGUAUAGUAUCUAAAAUAAGAAUUUGAUUUGUGAAAAACUCCAUGUUCUUUAUGCUUAUAUUAUGAUAAUUGUGCCACCAUGGAAACAUAACUGAUUUACAAGUGUUUACUCAACUAUAUGGAAUAAAAAAAAUAUAGUUUCAAGUAUAAAUUAUACACUGGUAUACUUUAUCUCUAUUUUAUAAACUGCCAAUCUACACUUGACUCAAUUUAAUUAAAUUAUUUUCUUUAAUCUACAAUAUUUUGUAUGAUUUAUUUAUGUUUUAUGUAAAUAAAUGUGUAAAAAACAUAUUUCUUUUCAUUCAAAAAAAAAUUUAUAACUUUGGGAGCCACUUAAUCAGGUUAAUGUCUAUCAUAGAUCAUGUUUCAUUACUUAAUGGUCGAUUAGAACCAUACCAUAUAAAUCAUUGACUUAUUUGAAAUAUCAUCUCAUUUGUUAUGUGCAAGAAAAUUAUGCAACAAUACUAUAGAAAUGUGCUUUAGUAUUACAAAUGUUAUGAAAUAUUGUCUCAAUAACAGGUGACUUGCUUGUUCUUAUAAGAACAUACUUGUGGAAAGCAUAAUUUUAAAUCAAAGAUAAGUACAUUUCAAUCAUUAUUCCAAAAUGCAUAACAUAACAAAAAUCUUGGUAUGUUUUUUGUUUUACUUAUGAUUUCCAGUGAUUGCAUACAAAACAACUAGCAAUGAAAAGCAAGUAGACAUUUCAGAACCUCUUUGAACUAGGUAUUGAAAAUCAAUAAUAUUUUGGCAGUAAAAGAAUUCAAUUUCUUAAUCUGAAAUAUAUCCAUUAUCACAUAAUCCCAAACCACUGACUCCAAAUUGCUAGAGAAAAUCAACAAUGAAGAACUCUAGUUAGAGCAACAUAACUGAUUUUGCUAGGUAUGUCAUGAUAUCCUAUAGGACCAGCUUCACAGUCUGCACAAGUCAGAUAUUUGUUGUUGCCCACUGUGUUAGAAAAUCCAACGUUUUGGAAAGUGAACAUGUCACCAACUGACCAGAAGAGAGAUACUGCUUCUGAUUCUGGAUUUUGCUCAUUAGUUUUAGACUGUCUCAUAAGAGGUAAUUGGAACUAAAAAAACAAUUAUGUGGUACUAAAACUGCUCAAAAGAUGUGAAAGAUGCUGAUGUUGGUGUGAGAAUAACUGAAUUACAGAAUUUACAAGUGAUACUCCUAAUAUUUUUUCCAUCUGAUAUUUCACUUUCAUAAUUCUCGCUACAAUUGGGCAUUUCUUUUACUUUGGAUAACAAAUUUCAUGUAAUAAAAAAAUAUACGAUAUACAAGUUGCAAGUGUUACAUGUGUCAAA